AUGGAGCCGUCUCGCGGCGACUUACGGCUCGCGCUCCGCUCCGAUCUCCGCCUUCGCCGCUCCGGCCGCUUGGCGGAGCGUCAGCACACCGUCAAAAUUUUGGGUCGGGCUUACGGGCAGCUCAAGAAGCACUAUCAGUUGGGGCCACAGCUCGGUUGCGGCGCGACGGGCUCGACGUAUCUCACCCAGUGCUUGCGGCCCGGGCAGCAUUACGGGCAGCUGUUCGCGUGCAAGUCGAUCGAAAAAGCGCGGCUCGCAGAACCGGAAGAUGUGGAGGCGGUUCGGAGGGAAGUGGCGGCAAUGCAGGUGCUACAGGGCGCGCCGCAGGUGGUGCAGCUGCACGACGUUAUCGAGGACGAGCAAGUACGGCUGGCCGUCCACGUCAUCACGGAGCUAUGCGAAGGAGGCGACCUGUUUAAUCUCCUUCUGAUCAACGGCCGAUUCCCGGAGCGCACGGCGUCGCACGUGGUUAAGACGGUCGCGGAGGCGCUCGUUGCCUUUGAGCGCGUCGGUCUUGUGCAUAGAGACUUGAAGCUGGAAAAUAUCUUCGUUUCCGAGAUCGUUAGUGCGGAAGUCACAUUUUCCGCGAAAAACCGCGACGACAGAUCUGGCGACUGCUCUCACGGCGACGCUUCUCCUAGCGAUCUUUCCGUUGACACUCACAGCGCUUCAGACUGCGGCCUGAAACGUCUCGACUCUCGAGGCGCCUGCGCUGGCGCUGGUGAUGGCGGCUUGGCUAGUGAUACUACCAGCGGUACCAGCAGCUCCUCCAGCGCCUGUAACGGCGGUAGUUGCGACAUUUGCUGUUUCUGUCGCCCGACUUGCGUCGCGAAUAAUGGUAACGGCCCUUCGCCUGCCGACCUCGCUGGACCGUUGCUUGGCAACCGCAGCGUGCCUCCGAAAUCCACAGUUGCGACGGCUGCGAAUAAGGUUGAGGUGUCCGGUGGCGAGAAGCGGCGAAGUGCAACACCUAUCCGCGUUCGCGUUGGCGAUUUUGGGGUGUCCGCGUUCGUAAAGCCUGGCGAAAAGCUUCAUUCGGUAACAGGGAGUCCGUAUUACGUAGCUCCCGAGGUUCUGCAAAAUAGCUACGGACCUGAAGCAGACGUCUGGAGUCUAGGGAUUGUCGCGUACAUGUUGCUGUGCGGUUACCCGCCUUUCUUUGCCGACGAAUCUGAUGCCAUUUUUGAAAAAGUCAGGGGAGAUGGAGAUGCUGACGUGUCACAUGGUCCGUGGAGAUUGAUUUCCGGGCAGGCGAAGAAUCUUGUGGCAAGGCUACUGGACAGAGAUACUGCGAAACGGAUAAGGCCAUCUGAAAUCCUCGGUAAGUCCUUCAAACCGUUAUUGUCAGCAUUCACCUGGUAA